GUGCACAUACCUGCCUCCCGAUACUUACCUGUGUUUCUGUACUUUGGAUUCAUGAUUCAACCACCGUUACAUUAACACGAGUUUCUGGGGUAUACAGUAGCCGAUGUUUAUUAUAUACUACAUCUGAACUGAUUGAUCAAAAGUUAACUAAGUGUGAUUUUAAAAAGGGUGUUAAUUUUACAUAUCAAAAAUGUCUCGACUUGUUGAAUUAAGGAGAUAUAAUACUAGUCAGCCCUGGGGUUUCAAAAUGCAGGGUGGUACGGACGUCGGAAUGCCACUUUUCGUCGCUCAUGUUUCUCCGAACAGUAUCGCUGGACAGUCCGGGUUGAAAGCUGGUGACGCUAUACUACUGAUCGGUAGUGCUGAUGUUGUUGGAUUCACUCACGAGCAAGCCAGAGGUGAAAUGCUCCGCUGUGGCAACGAUGUAAACCUUACCGUUCAAAGUGGAAUCAUCAACCCGCCAGCAGGGUCUGUGGUUGAAGAGGAACGUCCCCGGAUGUCAGUCAGUGACAGUGAUAGCCCAUACCAAGACGUUACAUCAAAAACAUUUAAAGUGUUAGAGAACGAACUACCAAAGGCUGAAUCAUCAGGUGCAAGACCAGCGUCCAUAUUUGACAAGAAAAGACAGAGUAGGUCAGCGUACACCAAAACUGACCAGUCCGGUUACACCAAACCUUUCGGUCAACAAUAAGGAAAUGUGGAGUACUGACCGUAUUUGUAUUUUGUUUAUGCACGGUGCACACCUGUCACAUUUAAUACUGUUUCAUAGCUUAAAUUGCGGAUAUCAAGCUGUUCUAUAAUAUACUGUUUCCGUGGCACUAAUAUGUUCAAACCUUUGGCUUUGUGGCGCAGUGAUCUUAUUUUUCGAACAGAUAAAAAUAGUUCCUACAUUUUCUGGAACUCCAGGAAUACGAAUAUAAAAAGCAUGGUGAGCUGAAAUGACAUACAUGUGCCACGAAGGAGAUUUGAUGGGAAACGUGUCUAUGAAGAGAUACUCUUAUUACGUAUACAAAUGUAGGUCAGUUUCACCGGUAUUGCAUCUCAGCUAACGUCGGGAAUUACACUUCAAAAUGCUUGCUGUGAUCGUUCUUACUAUCAUUGUCGUGGAAUAUAUUAAAUACGAUUCUGCUAUACCAUUCACCAUCAUUGUAAUAUUUGGUAAAUAUUUUAAUUAUAUUUUUUGUGGUACACUCCUUCCGAACAUUGCUGAUCGUUUUGGAGGGUAUCGUUCUGUUUGUUUAAUAAAUGUUAUUUGUUUAAA